AUGGAAGGAGUAGAAGAAGGUCUGUUAAAUUCAGAAUCGAGAGAAGAGGGAAUCGACCUCCCUGUCAUAGAGUGCUUAGACGAGCAAUGGUUCUACAAAAAUGCACUGAAACUAGUCGUCGUCCCUUCCUCAGCCGGUGUUUUGUCGUGUCCUUCCAGAGCCGCUGCGAUGCUGAAUUCGACUGAGGCCAAUGCAAAUCAGGCAUCUGAAGAAGUAGGCGGUGCCAACAUUCAUGGCAACCUAGAAGGCACUCCGGAGGCAAUCCUUCGCCGUCCAUGUCUAUUAAGAAGCCCUUCGCUGCCGCCCCUCGUUGGAGAGAAGGAUAGAAGUCAUGGAGGAGACGCUGCACCAGACAAGCUGAAACAUUAUCUUCCACCAAAGCUCGAGAAUCGGGGCUGUUCAUCCAUGAAGUUACCAGGAGGCAUUCCUCGGCCGAAGCAGUCCAAAACACGCCAAUUCUCCAGAAGUGAGCCGGUUGCUGGAAGAAGGCACCGAAGAAUCAAGAGCUUGAGCGAUCUGGAGUUUGAGGAAGUGAAGGGGUUUGCGGACCUCGGCUUCGUGUUCGACGAGCAGAACGCCACUCCGGACAUGGCGACCGUGAUACCAGGGCUAAGGAGGAGAUUCUGCCAAGAACCAGAGGAUACGGAGAACGUCAGAAGGCCAUACCUCUCAGAGGCAUGGCUGGUUCAGAGAAGGGAGUUGUUACCGCUGAGGAUUCCACCGCCACCAAGGUCGGAGCCCCACAUGAAGGCCCAUCUCAAAGUCUGGGCAAAAAGUGUGGCUACAGCCGUAAAAGAAGGCUAUUAAGAUUCUGCAGUUUUCAAAUCAAAUCAUCAUUCUUUUCUUAAUUACUUAACAAGUAACAUGGUGGACAGAGAGAGACACUCUUACUCCGGAAGUGCUUCCCGGCGUUUUAUGUUUUUCUUGGUAAAAAAAAAAAUUGAGUAUAAAAGGGAUCAUGACGCGGAUUUUAUUAGCCAGCUGUCAACAUUUUAAUUUUCAUUAUUUCUUAUUCAUAGUACAGCUUUGAAGACCUGCAUCCAGCUACAUUUUACACAGUUGGACAUUUAUUAAAAGAAAAAAAAAACGUAGACCUACUACACAGCCAGAAACUUCAGGAGCCAAGAUUAAAGUAGGAAACAGAAUCAAUCCAUCACAUCACCACAUCCAGCCACUGUGUGAAAUAAGAACACGCUUGGCCAGCUACACAAGAGAAGAUCAACUCAGGGCUAACUUAGCUUUUCAAGAUUUGACCGCAACAUAUGGAAUGUGGAGCAUCGCACUAAACAAGAAGAGGAAUAGCAUCGAUGGCAACAACUAGUUAUUCGCACUCAUCGAACUAAACUGAGUCUCGCUGACAAGAAACAAUGACAUAUACAGGCAUUUGUAGAGAAGAAUAAUUAGACUGACACGUUCAAUUGAGUCGGAUUCCACAACAAUUUUUUACCAGAAAUUAAACGUUUUCGUUUAAGGAAAUCCAUGCUACAGAAGUAAUCCGAGGAGGGCAAGGGUCACCAAAGUGCCAGAAUAGAGGAUAACUAUGUCUGCAAUAGAGAUGCUGAGCUUCAUACUUAUGGUCCUGGAAGUGGACUGAUCUUUUCUAUAGAUAAGGGACAUUUAGAUUUGUAUGGAGUAGUGAGUACUGGUUUAAACGUGACAUAACAUUUUGAUGGAUCUCUUCUUUCUCAUUACCAGCCGAUAGCUAAGACGUUAUUUUUGCACCAUUAUCACCACAGCAUGGCUAUUCCCAUCAUUGUCAGUAAUCAUAUGUCGCAGUAGAUGAAGAAACGAAAAGCUACGGACAUGAGAUUGGUCAGGUGCCUCCGUCCGUAAUGGAAAGAAACAGGUUAUAUUUGAAAGAAAGAACACUAGUUGACACGAAUGCAUACAUGGCAUCGACCUGAUAAAAAUAGGAUGACAUCAACCAUAUUCGAUGUUGAGAAGAAAGGGUGAGAUUCAAUUGAAAGGCCAUUCCAAAGAUGCAAAGCGAUUAAUCAAAGUUGUUGUCAUGAACAUAGAGACUACAGUACAGUCAGCAACACAGUUCUUCUUGUGUUGGCUAGAAAGGUCGCCUUUAUGUCAACAUAAACAGAUGGCCACUAGCGCACCAUUAGGAAUGUGACAGCAACGUAGUUGAAAAAUACCAAAUAAGUUGAGUCUGUCCCAAGAACAAAAGCAACCAUGGAAUAAAAAAAAAUACAAAAGAAACGAAAGAGAUCCCACCAAAAUAACCCAAUUCAAUGGAUUUCAGGCAAAUGAAAGCCAAGUCAACAUCCAAUAUCUAUAGCAAAACAGUGUAUGAUUUGACAAAUUAGAAUACUACUGUUGAUGAUCGAUAAGGAACAACCUUAGAGCCCCUAGGAUGAUAAUUCUGAUCCCCCGGUUUCGAACCACAUAUCAGUAUACCACCUAUCGCUAGACGCCAAACAGAGGACAUAAUGGGUUUGAUUAUUUUUAUAUCCACCCAAAUCACCAAACACCUUUUUAUCUUUGAUAAUUGCUCGUACUACUGUACUGUCUACCUAAAUCACCAAACAUUUGCAUACCAACCUUAGAUGCCAUCUCCACCGCCCGGAAAUGAUCA